CUUAAAGAAGUGAAGUGUUUUAACAAUUGAUUCCGUUUGUUAAUUCCCGCAGGCUAUUUCAAUAACAGGGUGUUCUUUCUCACUGUGUCUCAAUCUCCGAAUGUGGAGCAAUUGAGGUCAAAAUUUUGGAGAAUGGUAUCAGGGAAUUCCAUUAUGGAUAAUAGCAACAGAUUUCCACAAAUAAACUUUCAAUACCAAGUCGGAAAUUCUGCACGAGCCCUAUUGGUUCUUGACGAUGUUUGGACACUGUCGGUGCUCGAACAACUAUUGAUCAAGAUCCCCGGUUGCAAAAUCCUAGUCGUUUCGCGGUUGAAGUUCCCUCCUUCGGUUGUUGAUUGCUCCUAUGAAAUGAAUUUGCUGACAGAGAAUGAGGCUAUGUCCUUGUUCUGUCACUUUGCUUUUGGGCAAACUUCAAUCCCUCUUAGCGCUGAUAAGGAAUUGGUUAAGCAGUUAAUGGAAUGACUGAUGAAGAAGGACUUGAGUGAAUAGAUCGUAGUGGGGUUACUUGAUUUCUUGCUAAUCACUUGUGGGGAAACUUUAAUUGGUACAUCUUACUGUAAGUCUCUCAAAACAGACAAGAGCAUUUGUAACUACAUAUAUGCUUUGUAUCUCAAGAAUUCACGCAAGAUACUUAAAUAAAUUAUAUAAAAGAAGUUCUAAUUUGUGAUGUA